UAGAAUUACGAUCGGAACAACAGGUUCCAUAAGCACUUACUCUUGAUCGAUAUGAGUGACACCCCUGCCUCGGAGAACGAGAAGCGACCCCAGUUUGGAACCCGCCUACUCACGGAUGCUGACGACGUCUUUAAACACAAUGCUUGGUAAAUAUGGGAGCCAAUUCCUCCGGAGAUUGGCCAGCAAGACGUGGGAGCACACUCGCCAGCGCAGAAAACCGUCAGGAGCGGGGAGCCGGGUGCUCACAGAUGUGCGAGAAGUUUUUGAGUUCAAUGCCUGGGACCACGUGCAGUGGGACGAGGAGCAGGAACUGGCCGCCCAGACGGCAGUGGCGAAGAACUCGGCUAGCAAAAUGGAAGCGGAACAAAAAGACAAAUUUCAAGAAGAUGCUCCAAAGUUCUGGGAUUCCUUCUACGGCAUUCACGACAACCGAUUUUUUAAGGACCGCCACUGGCUGUUUACAGAGUUUCCGGAACUCGCUCCCUUGGCGAAAGAUGCUGACGAGCAAGUACCACGCAGCAUCUUCGAGCUGGGCUGUGGAGUCGGAAAUACUAUUCUACCCUUGUUGCAAUAUAGCUCGGAACCGCAACUAAAGGUAUUUGGUUGCGAUUUCUCCUCUCGUGCCAUUGAAAUCCUGCGGAGUCAAUCCCAGUUUGACGAGAAGCGUUGCGAGGUCUUUGUCAUGGAUGCCACGACGGAACAGUGGACUGUGCCAUUCGAGGAAAAUUCUCAGGACGUAAUCGUAAUGAUAUUCGUGCUGUCUGCCAUCGAGCCAAAGAAAAUGCAGAGAGUGCUUAACAACUGUUAUCGCUACCUUCGACCAGGAGGUAUGCUCUUGUUCCGUGACUACGGAAGAUACGACUUGGCACAGUUGCGCUUCAAAAGUGGAAAAUGUUUGGAGGACAACUUCUAUGUGCGCGGCGAUGGCACCAUGGUAUACUUCUUUACCGAGGAGGAACUGCGGAGUAUGAUGACCACAGCUGGGCUAAAGGAAGAGCAGCUCAUUGUGGACCGAAGGUUGCAGGUGAACCGUGGCAAGGGCUUGAAGAUGUAUCGCGUUUGGAUACAGACCAAGUUCAGGAAACCACUUUAGUACAAUUAUUUAAUUCAUUUUGAAAUAAAAGCGACAAAGUUUUUCAAAGGUUUAAUGGCUUGUUAAUUUUAAUAUAUGUAAAUUCAAAUAAAAAUUAACAAAUUCUUUGAAUAACAA